UAUGAAUUCUUUACAAUAACUUUACUUUUAAGCUAUAAUGAAGCAACAGGAAUUACAAAAAAUCAAAUAAGAGGAGCAAGUAAUAAGAUAAAAUAAAGAAGUAAAUUAAUUUAAAAUAUGCUAGAUCAUAAAAUAACAGCAACUACUCACUCUUUUGUAACAACCAGAUUCAAAGGCUGAUUAAAAGUAUGUUGAUUUAAUGUCUAUAGUAGUUAAACUUGGCCAUUGAUUGAAAUUUAAAACAGGAUAACCUAAUAUUUCCAAUAGUAAGUUUUGAGACGAGAAACAGUAGUUAUAAGAGAUUAAAUCGAAAAUCAUUUACCUUUAUUUCUGAAUGUACUAGGGAAUUUGAUUCUUCAUGGUCUAGAUUAAAUAAAGGGAGAAGGAAGUUAUAUCGGAAUUCUAAAAUCCUAAAUCCUAAAUUAUCCCAUGAAUAUAACUAUGAGUAAUUCUUUGUUUAAGACUCUUGCACUCUUAUUAAGAACUUCUCUAGUUGAGUUUGAUAAAGGUACCCAUAUCAUUUAAACUUAGAUUAAACUAAAGAUAAAAAAUGCAUCAAUAUGAAAUAUUUCUCGUAAUUUUUGUUGUUUAGAGAUGAUUUUUCAGAUAUCUUUUUUAAUACACUCUAUUAAUACUAGAUCUCUGCAAAUAAAUAAGUGAGUUAAUAACUAAGUUUUUAUUCACUAUAUUAAUUGAUUACUAAAAAUACAGAAGAUGUUUGGAGUACAUUCAUUUUCAAAUUUUUAAGUUAAUAGUAAAAGGAAUUAUCAAAAGAAUAGUUUUUGGUUUAAUUUAAUCAGUAUAUUGUUUUGAUGAACAAUUUCUUUAUGAAAUCGAAUCUCAUCUUUGAUAUCGUUGAGAAUAUUGUUAAAUAAACAGCUUAGAUACAUAAUGAUGCAAUAUUUUAAGAGGUAUUCAUUUCAUUUAAUCGUUUAGUAUCUUUUAAUAAUGGGUGAUUUCAAGGCAGUAACCUAAGACUUUUUGAAAAAAGCAAUCGCAUUAUAUUUUGAUGAUACUAAUAAUUUUAUAGAUCUAUCAGAAUUUACAUUAAGAACUAAAAAAAUACAUAAUUAGAUGAAUAGUUCCAUUCUAUACAUACUACCUACUCUAUUCUAGCUGGAAAGUCAUAUGAUUGAUGUAACAUAGAAGAAUGUCAAACAGGAAGUUGCUCCAGUCAAAAAUAGUUCUAAUUAUUAUUUGAAGAUGAUAGAAAAACUCAAAAAUAAAUGUGUAUAUAAUGGUGAAGAAAUAUGCAAUUGCAAGAAAUGCUAAUGUAUCAGAAGAAAUCGCAAUUCUGCUAAUGAAUCACAAAGAAAGAAGAGAGAAGCUCUGGAAAAGAUAGGUCCAUUACGAGAUUCUUUUGAGGAAUUAAAAAAAAAAGUUAGAAGAGUAGAAAAUGAGAAUGAAAAUCUUAGACAAUUACUUACAAAUGUUUUUUAACAUCCAUAAGUAUCAAAACUAGCCUCAACUUUCAUUGAACCAUUAACAAAAAUAAUAUCAGAUGCAGACCCUGGCAUUGCUUCGUAUGAAUGUUGA